CUGGCUCCUUUACACCAAGAUAGGGGGAAAAGACUGAAUAAAAGGAAACCGUGCCAGUGAGCCUGUAAUGACCGCAAAACCCAACGGAGGAACCCAGAACCGCCGCCAUUGGAUAUUUCGUCCGUUUUAACAUUAUUCCCAUACGUUCCUCGCUGUGGAUUAUUCUGUUUGGCACCGUGGCGGACGGAAUGGAUAAGGCCAUGGCCCUAACAUAUUGAAUAGCUCGCUGGUGGUGGGGGGGUGGAGGCGAGACGCGCACCGUGGAGACAAUUUAUGGGGCAUUGUGCGGGGAGGAAAAUGGUGGAUUAUUUGCACUGUAUCAUAAAAACCUUCCGCCGUCUGUAUACCCUGCCAUAACGCUCUGUUUGUGGCAUUUCUGCGCCUGUCUUGGCCGUGUCUACAGGAACUCAGGUCGUGUUAUAGCGGUUGGUAGGUAGGUACCCCCCUCCAGCUCGAUCCGAACGACCUUAUCCAUUUCUGUUGGUUUUUUUUAUAUCCAUGUAGGAUUUUUGUAUCGUUUCGACGCCCUCCUCUUCCUGAGAGUAACAUUUGGAAACAAUAAACUAUUGGAUUACUGAACUAUGGAUUUCAACAGUGGCAGCGGCGGCGGCGGAGCCAACGAGCUGCACAACAACCAGUUUUAUCAGUGCGAGGAGAACAAGCCUCUGCUGGGGGAGAUGUCGGAGGGGAAUAAUAACACCAAGCUGAGCGCAGGGCCGUGCAAGAGGUCCCUGCACCACUGCAGCAGCAGCGGGAUGCGAUACAAGCUGCUACACGAGGGGGACAUCCAGGUGUGCGUGGUCAAACACCCCCGCACCUUCCUCAGCAAGAUCCUCACCUCCAAGUUCCUGCGGAGAUGGGAGCCGCACCACCUCACGCUCACAGACAGUAGCCUGACCUCGGCCACCCCCACCGGUUACAUGGAGACGUCAUUGUCCUACAGCUCUAUAGAGGACCUGCAGCUCCUUUCGUGGGACAAUGCUCCCAAGUACUGCGUCCAGCUGAGCUUCCCUGGUGGCACCGUCCUGCUGCAGGCUGCAAACAGCUACUUAAGGGACCAGUGGUUUCACUCCUUGCAGUGGAAGAAAAAGAUCUACAAGUACCGCAAGGUCCUGAACAACCCGAGUCGCUGGGACGUGGUGCUGAAGGAGAUCAGAGCGCUGGUGGACAUGGCCCUGACUUCACCGCUGCAGGACGAGUCCAUCCACCAGGCUCCUCUGCACAUCAUCUCCACCCUGCUGGCUGAGAACUCUAAUCUCAGCACUCAGGAUCAUGAGAACAUCAUUGUGGCCAUUGCUCCUCUUUUGGAAAACAACCACCCACCACCUGACCUGUGUGAGUUCUUCUGUAAGCACUGUCGGGAGCGGCCGCGGUCGAUGGUCGUGAUUGAAGUGUUCACUCCUGUGGUCCAGAGAAUCCUCAAACACAACAUGGAUUUCGGAAAGUGCCCUCGACUGCGUCUCUUCACUCAGGAGUACAUCCUGGCUCUCAACGAGCUGAAUGCUGGGAUGGAGGUCGUCAAGAAGUUUGUCCACAGCAUGCACGGGCCAACAGGGCAGUGCCCUCACCCACGUGUCCUGCCAAACCUGGUGGCAGUGUGUCUCGCUGCGAUAUAUUCCUGUUAUGAGGAGUUCAUCAACAGUCGGGACAACUCCCCCAGCCUGAAGGAGAUCAGAAAUGGCUGCCAGCAGCAGAACGAACGCAAACCCCCGAUGCCACUCCGUCUGCUGCGCCCCGAGCCUCCGACGCCGCCUCCAGCAACCCUGCUACCCCUGUCCGCCAACCCCAGUCCUCCUCAGCCGCCUCCCCCAGCUCCAUCAAACCCCGCCCCGUCCAUCCCCAUUUCCUCCCCGACGCCCUCCCUGCCCCUGUCCCCUCCUCCCUCCGUCGUUAACUCCAGCGAGAUCUUGGUGGAGCUGGAGCGAAACAACAACUCGGCCAACGCCAGGCGGAAGGGCGCGCCCUCUGGGGGCGACAGCGAACCCAACCUCAUUGACUGUCUGCUGGUCAGCCCGGCCGUCAACACGCUGUCCAUCCAGCUGCCAGCGCAGGCCGACCGAGUGCUGGGCUGCUUCGCUCUCAUCCUCAAGAUGCUGUCGGACUAUGAUGACUGGAGACCUGCUCUGGCCAGCCUGCUGCAGCCCAUCCCCUUUCCUAAAGAGGCCCUUGCACAUGCCAAAUUCACAAAGGAACUGAAAUAUGUUAUUCAGAGGUUUGCGGAGGACCCGAGGCAGGAGGUCCAUUCCUGCCUACUCAGCGUGCGUUCAGGUAAAGAUGGCUGGUUCCAGCUCUACAGUCCAGGAGGUGUGGCCUGUGAUGAUGAUGGAGAGCUGUUCGCCAGUAUGGUUCAUAUCUUGAUGGGUUCCUGCUAUAAGACCAAGAAGUUCCUGCUCUCACUGGCUGAAAACAAGUUGGGUCCCUGCAUGCUGCUGGCUCUACGUGGAAACCAGACCAUGGUGGAGAUUUUGUGUCUAAUGCUGGAGUACAACAUCAUCGAGAACAAAGACACCCAGCUGCAGAUCAUCUCCACCCUGGAGAGCACCCAGGUGGGACUCCGCAUGUACGAGCAGCUCUGCGACCGACAGAGAGAGCUAAAAGAGCUGCAAAGGAAAGGAGGCCCCACCCGGCUCACUCUGCCCUCAAAGUCCACGGAUGCAGAUCUGGCCCGCCUGUUGAGUUCAGGUUCUUUUGGGAACUUGGAGAACCUGAGCCUGGCCUUCACCAACGUCACCAGUGCCUGUGCCGAGCAGCUCAUCAAGCUGCCUUCACUCAAACAGCUCAACCUCUGGUCCACACAGUUUGGGGAUGCAGGGUUAAGGUUGCUAUCCGAGCAUCUGGCCUGUCUUCAGGUUUUGAACCUGUGUGAGACUCCCGUCACCGAUGCUGGACUGCUGGCUCUCAGUUCCAUGAAGAGUCUGUGCAGUCUGAAUAUGAACAGCACCAAGCUCACAGCUGACACAUAUGAGGACCUCAAGGCCAAACUGCCCAACCUGAAAGACGUUGAUGUCCGGUACACAGAGGCCUGGUGAUCAGCCACGCUCACACAACCCUCAUACAUAACCAGACACAUACAUAAACACAUGCACACACUGCACACAGGCUCAGAUACAUUACAUGAAAAUUGUGUAGUGAUGUCAUCUCCAUCGCCACGCCCACCAUUAAACCAGGAACUCUGAUAUCAUCUGAGUGUGAGGAUCACACAUCGACACAUUUCCGUCAGAGGAGGCGUCUUCAUCAGCUUCGGACGUCCUUACCAACCCCUGUAGUGACACCAUCACCAGGAAGGAACUGUCUAGUCAGCAUCACCUUUUUUCUAAAUGAGAAAUCUUUCUGGACCUCGUCGCUCCCCUUACCUCUGUCACUAAUGUUCCAAGGACCUUGUGAUUGGAGGACAUGCAAGGAGUCGUUAUAUUGUGACACAAGGGACACUUUUCUCUCUCUGUCUUUAUCUUUUGCCCAGUCUUUCAUAUACGGCCUCUCAGUUUUUUCUUAUUUAGUCUAAGUCCAACUCUCAAGCAGUUGUCCUCCCACUUCUGUGUGUCUGUGUCGUGAGGAAAACCUGAGCCUUCCUCUGUUUUUCUCUCUCCUGCCCUCAUGCGAUGAAGGCUGGAUACAGCAGCUCACAUUCCAGUUCUUCUUCUCCAAUCUGAUCCACAAUGUAGCUCCUCCAAACAGACGUGUUGAACUGUUAAUCACUUCAGUCCUCACUCUCGUGCUCUCCAGCUUCAGUUUUCAGGUUCUAAUUCUGGUCUUUUCAAGUCUUUUAUUGGGAAAAAUGAGGUGCUACCUCUGAGAAAAAGAAGAGUUGCAAGACUGUGCCUAUUCCUCUGACACGACCCGCUCACACACAAAAAGGAAAAAAAAAAAAGGUUUUUAUCAACUUGAAUGAACAUAUUUUUCCAGACAUCUGUGCUUUCAUAUAUUGUGUGUUUCUAUAUAAAACAUAUAUAUGAAGAUAACUCCCAGUAAUGACAUUUCAGAAACUUUUCGGUAACACUGCAGGAAAGUAAAAACAGCGACGGCAACAUUUGUUCCUUUUUCAUUUGUUUUCAGUGUACAUACUGAUGAUCUCCCAUUACUAUUUAAUAGGACAGUUGUGUAGCAGUAGCUGGGUGGUCUGGGACUGCCUAAUAUUUAUAAUUUGUGUCUUUUACGCCUCCUUUACUCCGUCUCUCCUGGAUUAUGUCCUGACAGUAAUGAAGUACACAGGCUCUGUUGUCUUUUUUUUGCAACAUACAACACAAGAAGCCAACCAAGAGGGCACCCAUACAUGGAUCUCUCUGUACCAUGCCAUGGUGGUUACGUAGACCUGUAAAGAGGACCUGUAAACAAGACCCAUCACCAGCUGAGAGUUGUAUAUUUUCAUAUCCUCUGCUCUUUCUUUUGGCUCUUUUUGAGACGGUUAUGAAAAGAAGAACGGACACUUGCCAAACAUCGUCAUCGAAUUUUAGUUUUUGUUUUGUGCACUUGUUUCUUCAGGACAACAUGAGUGCAGUUUCAGUACUGAUUUGUAUAUCAAGUGGAACCUGUCUCGACCUGCCUGUGGAGAGACGCUGACACUGUUUGGGUUCACAUCUCUGACCCCCCCCCUGCUGAGGUCAGGGUGAAGAGUCACAGUGCCUCUAGUGGAUCUGUGGAUGAGUUGCCUAUUGUUAUCUUUCUAUCUGUCAAACCACCUGUUUUUGAAUUGUUCUGCUGUAUUUAUAUUACGCCAUAAUACACGGGUGACAUUUUUAGGCUGUCGGAAUGAAUAAUUCUCAUCACAGGAUGGGAAAAAAAUAUUGUAAAUAUUCUUUCACAAUGGGCUAUAAGGGACAAAAGAUUGGAAAAAAAGGCACCUUUCGGCCAUAUUUGCCCGUCUACAUUCCCUCAGAAUGUUGCCUGUUUAUUGUGGCAACAUUUCAUUUUAUGAUGUGGUAACUGCCCUGACACACUUCUGUCAAGUCUGUCAGAAUCUCUUUUUUGCAUCCUGUCUAGACGUGGUUUCUCUUGGUCCUAGAAAACACAAGACAAGUCAGAUUUCCACCCUUUUUUCCAGUCAGCCUCGCUCUGACUGCAUCCAUCCAUUUUAUUUAUUAAUGUCGACCUCCAGAAUGCUCGGGUUGUUUGUUGAAUCAAGGCAGAAGCUGCAGCAGAGGACAGGAUGCCGUCCACAAUGACAUGCUUUGUUUCCUAUUUAUUGGGUGCCAUGACAGUUUUCGGUUUGGCCUGUAGACUUGGUUUGUGUACGGCCAUCUUUGGGUCUUUAGGACCUUGUGCUCUCUUUCAUAUCCUGUAUGAUGUAUAUACAAGUGUAUAUAGUCGUCUCCUCCCUUUCCUCUCUUUGAACCAUUUUUAAAUCCUUAUUCCCCCAGUUUUGUCUACUUCAUCCUUUUCUGUACUUCUUUCGGCCUCCUUUCAUCGGCAGGCUGUUGUUGCCUUCAUCUUAUGUGUGUGGUUGUUGUUUUUUUCACACAAAGUGCACUGUAAUCUAACAAAUUAUGUUUUCAUAAUAUCUUUUAAGUUUCCAACAUCUUUGAUUUGAUCACUUUAAUCAAACAUUUGUUUCCUGUGUUCUUGUUGUUUAAUUUUUUUUUUUUUUUUUGCAUGUACAUGUUGCUGCGUCAUCUGGUAUUUUUAUUUUGUAAUUUUGUUUUAUAAAACGUUUGAAAUAUGAUAAAGGGUCUGAUCACUAUCUCACUGAGGUUUAAGGACUGAAAUGGAGGGAGCCCAUCGAGUUAUUUUCUAAUUGGUUGUUGCCAGGAUCUACCCAUGCGUCUUGACGGAUCCUAUUGGUCAAGGCAGUUCGGGUUUAUGUUGAUUUUUGGAAAAGGCCAAUACCAAUACUUGUACUGUAGGACUGAAGCUGCCCCUAGCUGAGAUAUAUCCAUGUAAGUUUGUCCAUUUGAAAAAAAUUGCAAAUAUUUUUUGUUUCCUCAAGAAUUUGUUCUAAUCCUGCCAGAUAAUCAUAUCAGAGGUGGACCACGUUGGUUGACCGUUAUCUUUUAAAAAAAAAAUAAUUUGUAGCUUCCACACAUCAGCAAACUGAUCAUUCAGUGUAACUUUACUGUAGUUUUGUUUUUAUCCCUUAUUGUAUUCUAAGUCUAAAUGUUUGAAAGGAAUAGUUUGAUGUUUGGGAAAUAGUCCAACUAUGAAAAUGAGAUGAGAUGCCGAUGUCCAUUUAAUAUGAAGCUACGGUUAGCAUCCGUUUAGCGUUGUGGCUAAUGCUAGCACUUUAGCCGCAUAGCAACAGGGGCGCGGGUUCUAAUCCGGUUUGUGGAGUUGUGGAGCUUGUAUGUUGUCAGCGUGGGUUCCUUCUUAAAUGGUGAUUCUAAAUCGGUGCGAGAGCGUGAAUUGUUGUCCGUAUGUGAGUCAGACAUCCCGUCUCUCGCCCAGUGUCACCCCCGCGACCCGAGUUUGGAUACGCUAGCGGUAUAGUGAUGGAAACAGAUAGCAUCAUCAUAUUGCUUGUCUAACAAAAAACAAAGUGGAAAAAGUCUUUGCUGGUUGCUUCUAAGUGAAGUCAAGACUCAAGGAAGUCUUACAUGUCCAGCCAAAGAAUAGUCCGGCGCUUAGCCUCCUCUAGAACCACUAUGUCAUUUUUACAGUUUUUUAUUGAGCUUCAGAGGUAAAUUUUGUUAUCUUGGGAUAGAGCCAGGCUACUUGUUUCCCCAUUCCCAAUCUUAAUGCUAAAAUAAGCUCACUGGUUAGCUUCAUACUUAUAAUGGCAUCGGUCCUCUCAUCCAACAUGACAUGAAAGGGAACUUUUCCUUUUAAAGAAGUGGGCAGUCUGGGGAAAUCAUGUCACUGAACUCAUCCUAUAGUUUUUAGGCCAUGAUGAGCUGCCACUUGUCCAAACUGUGAGCCUGGGGGCCAGCAUGUUGAGGUUAUAAUUGAAGGUUUUGUUUUACUGUAGAACAUGUAAUGAUUGAAUAGAAACGUGUCUCCGUAUCCUGUGGAGCUCACUGUGCUUUGCUUUCCUUUCCCAUCCUGAUUUCUCCCUCCUGUCCAUUAUCUCUGAUGUUUAUUCUGCACAAACUGUAAGAGUUUCUAUCAUGUCCAAGAUGUGUACAGCUGUGCUUGAGUCUUGACAAUUGUUAUGGAAGGAAUAGGGUCAGAUGUGACAAAAUCAGA